AUGUACUUUUUAAAGAAUAGGUUUUUGUUUGUGCUCAAUGAAUUUACUAAUAAAACAUACUUAAAUUAUAGUAUUAAUAAGUUAAGUAAAAUAAAAGUUAAUUAUUUUACUUCUUUAAAAAGUAUCUAUGAUUAUGAUACAUUACAUGAAAAUGUAGAUUUUAAUGAUAAGUCAAAGAAUAUAUAUGAAGUUAACACUCCUUUUUUAGCUCUGAACAAUGAAUCUAAUAACAUAAAUAUAAAAAGUACUAUUUUUAUUGAUAAUAUGGAUGAUUUGAAAAAUUAUUUUGAGAACAAUUUUAGUAAAUUGAAAAAUUAUGAUUAUAUAUAUUUUUUAUUUAAAGUAUAUGAAAUAAUAUUUUAUAAUUUUUAUAAAAAUUAUGAGUUGUCAGAAAAUUUUAAGCUUAACAACCCACGUUUUGUUUAUUUAUCUUUUAUGCAAUAUGUAGAUAAUUAUAUAAAAAAAAACAAUAGUAUUAAAUCAACUAACAUAUGUUAUAAACAUAAUGAAGCAAUACUUUAUAAAAAUAAUAAGAGGGAUAAUAUAUAUAAUUACAUAGAAGAAAAUGUAAAGAAUAAUGAAAAAAAUAAUAUGAAAAAUGAUUUAGAUAAAAAUAAUUCCAGCAAUUAUUCUAUGAAUAAUAGUUCAUUAUUUAAUGAGUAUACAAAUAAUAUUAAUUCUUUAGAAAAAAUAAAGACAAUUAAUUAUGAAAGUAAAAAUAUUUCAUCUCUUCAUUAUGGUUAUUACAAUAAUAAUAAUAAUUAUAUUAAAAAUUCACAAUUAGAAGAAAAUUUAGAAAAUAUAAAUAAUUAUAUAAACAGAAUAAAUGUAAAUAUAUUGAUGAACAUAUAUUUUAAUUACGUAAUAUAUUUAGAAAAUGUUAAUAUAAAAAAAGAAAACUGGAAUGAAUAUGUAUCUUCAUUCUUAACCAAAAGAUAUAUAAAAUUUUACACAGAAUUAUUGAAUAUAAUAUAUAAAAAACUAUUUUUCUUUUCAUGCAAUGAUAUAAUUAAUUUUUUAUAUAUCUCAAAAAGAAUAAAUAUGUCAUCAAUUAAAGAUAUAUAUAUGUUAGUAGAAAAUACAAUUUUGCAAAAUUUGAAAUAUCUUAACGAAGAAUACCUAGUUAGGGUAGGAUACAUUUAUUUAAAUAAUUCUAAUAAAAAAAAAAACAUAAAUUAUAUUAAUAGAUAUAAUAGUAAAAAUUUUAUAGAAACGUAUAUAAAUUUUAUUCAAAGUAAAAUUAAAUCAAUGGAUAAUCAAAAUUUUAUAAAACUACUAGAAUAUAUAAGUAAUAAUAAUUAUAAACAUAUUCAAUUCUAUAGAGAAUGUAAAAAUGAAAUAUAUAAAAGAUAUAAUAAUUUCACUGAUGAAGAAAUAAUGAAACUUUUUUAUCUUUACUCUCAAAAUAUUAAUGCAUCAGAUAAAAUUUUGAUGCAUAAUUUCUUAAAUUCUAUAGUACAUAUGUUUUCAGAUCAUCUCUUAGAACAAAAAAAUAUAAUUAAAACACAAGUAGAUGAACUAAUUAAAAAAAAUGAUGAGAUUGAAUCAUAUCAAAUAAACAAAUUAAAAGAAAAAAUAGAACUAAAUGAAAAUGAAUUAAAAAAAAAAAGUAAAGAGUUAACUAUCCCCUUAUAUGUUAUAUUAAAUGGAAUAUGGGCAAGUGCAAAAUAUUUUAAAGAUUAUCCUUUUUUAUUAAAAAAAUGUGAAAAUAUAAUUCUCCAAAAUAUAAAAAAUUUUAGUAGUUCAACUGUUAGUAUGCUUAUAUGGGCUUAUAGUACUGUUGAAAAUAAAAAUAAUGAUUUAUAUUUUAAUAAUAGUUUAUAUUUACAAUUAAAAGAAAGAGCUUUAAUACUUUACAAGAAUAUGACUCCAAAACAAUUAUCUAAUAGUUUAUUAGGAUUAUCCACAACAAUUGGAAGAACAAUCAAUAAUAAAGGAGAUGUAAAUGUUGAUUUUCAUGAAGAAAUAGAAAAAUAUUUGUUAGAAAAAGAAAAAGGAAAAAUUGAAAAAGAGAACUCUAUAGAAAAGAAAAAUAAAGAAAAAUAUAGAAAUUUUACUUUUUUGAAUUUUUUUACAUCAGAAGAUCUAGCAAAUAUUUGUUAUUCGUAUUCAUUAGUUAGAAGUGGUAGUAAAGAACUUCAUACCUUGAUACAAUCAGCCUUAUUAAAUAAGUUGAAUGAUUUAUCUCCUCAAAAUAUUUCAAAAAUUGCAUACGCAUAUGGAAGUUUAUAUUUCUUUUCUUCAUAUACGCUUCUAAGUUCAUUACAAUAUGAAAUUUUACAAAGGAUACACCAAUUUUCUCAUUAUGAAAUUUGUGAUAUUUUAUGGUGUUAUUGUAUUAAUAAAUUUUUUGAUGCAAAUUUUUGGAAAUGUAUGUUACAUGUAAUUGACAUUGAAAAAAUUAAUGAUCCUCGUUGUUCUUUAUUAUAUUCUUCUCUUUCUUAUGUAAAUUUAAUUGAUCCUUCCAUUCUUGAUUCUUAUAAUGUAUUAAGAAUUUUUAACUUUAUAAGAGAGUAUUACUGGGAUUUCCAAAUAAUGGAAUAUCCUCAUAAAUUUGCAAAUGAUGUUGUAGAAACUUUGCAAAAUGAAAAUAAUUUAAUUAUAUCAAAAAAAGACUUUUUAUCUCCUCAUUCAGAAAAAAAUAUAUUUCUUUAUAUUCAAAAGUUAUUUGAUUAUGAAGGUUUUUUAAUUGAUAUUUAUUUUGAACAUGAAAAUCAAAAAUAUGCUAUUUUUUUAUACACUUCUCUUAAUACAACUUCAGAUGGAUCUCCACUUGGAGAAAAUAUCUUAAAAACGAGAUUUCUUAAAAAAAAAAAAUUUAAAGUAAUUCAUUUACUUUUUAACUUAUGGAAAGAUUAUAAACAAAAUAAAAUUAAUUUAAUAUACUCUCAAUUAUGA